AUGAGAAUUGAUUAUAUCUGGUUAUCAACUGAUCUUUUGGAAACACUAGUACAAGCAAAAAUUGUAGAUCUAAACACAUAUAUAUGUAGUGAUCACAGUGUAGCCCUAACAAAGUUGAGGUACAAAUUGGCAAUUCAAAACAACAGUAGAGCUCAAAUUAAAAGAAAAGACUGUAAACAAUUAAAUAGUAGUACAGUAGACACAAUGACUACAGAAUUUGAUGUGGAUACUGUCUGGGAGAAGAUAGCUGCAAGAAUAAUACAUGUAGCUAACAAGAAUAUUUCUAGAAAGAAGGUUUCUAAAAUAAUCAAUGCAAAAAGAGGAA